UCUCUCUACGGUCUCGCUUUCCUAUUUAUCGUCGAAUUAAAAAAGGAAAAAAAUGAAAAUAAUCCCACACCGCUACUCCCUCCGCACUUCCUCCGACGCGCUCGCCGUGCGAUUCCCCUCCUCCUCCUCCGCCUCCGGCGGCGGCGGCCUCCCGGCGGGGCCCGGCCGAGGAGGAUUGGAUUGCUAGAGCAUCACACAUCGAGUUGAUUGAAAGCUUGUAUGCGGAGCAAGGUUGAGUUCUAGGCUAUCUUUAACGAGAUGAAAGGCGGAGGUCUGCUGAAACUAACAAGGACGAAUCUAUUUUUCAUGUUUAUCAUCCUUAUCUUUACAACGCUUAUUAUCUGGGCACGUGAGAGAACCCCGCUCGUCACACCUUUCCAACCAUCUCUGGAGCACUUUGAUGUUCUUUCUCCAGAGUAUGCACGACCGCAGCUGUCUGUGGAAGACGAUUCAUCCGUUCUAGGUAAACUUCGAAACUCAUUAUCCGAAGAUGCAGAGGCAACGAUUGGCACUCCAUCAGUGGAGAUCUCAACACCUAGUUCAACUGAAAGAGAAAAAGUGAACGAGGAUUUAAAAGAGGAUCUUACAGCGAGUGAAAGUGAAAAGGAGCACGAAGAUUUGAAAAAGGAUCUUAGAGCAACUGAUAGUGAAAAAGAGCACGAAAAUUUAGAAAAGGAUCUUCCUUUGAAGAAAGAUUGUAAUUUUGCAAAAGGAAAAUGGAUCAAGGAUAAAAAGCGGCCACUAUAUUCUGGUUUUGGAUGCCAGCGAUGGCUCUCAGAAAUGUGGGCUUGUAGAGUGAUGAAGCGUCCAGAUUUCUCCUAUGAGAAUUUCCGAUGGAAACCAGAAAACUGCGAGAUGCCUGAGUUCACAGGGCACGAGUUCUUGAAGAGGAUGAGGCACAAGACAAUAGCUUUUGUAGGUGAUUCCUUGGGGAGGCAGCAAUUUCAGUCCCUAAUGUGUAUGGUCACUGGUGGUAAAACUAGCUUACCUGUUGAAGAUAGCGGUAGAGAAUUCGGUCUAGUUAAAGCUCGUGGUGCUAUACGGCCCAACGGUUGGGCCUAUCGCUUUCCAAGUAGCAAUACCACCAUUCUUUUCUACUGGUCUGCAAGUUUAUGCGAACUGCAGCCUCUGAACAAAUCAAAUCCAGCUACAUAUUAUGCUAUGCAUCUAGAUCGUCCUGUAACGUUCUUGAAGCAGUUUCUCGAUAGGUUUGAUGUUCUCAUCCUCAACACCGGCCAUCACUGGAAUAGAGGGAAAUUCAAAACUAAUAGGUGGGAAAUGUAUGUCAAUGGGACACCCAACACAAAUAAACGGCUUGCCGCGAUAGGAAAUGCCAAAAACCUUACUAUAUACAGCAUUGCCAAAUGGCUCGAUUCAGAACUUCUGCGACGCCCAAAAUUGAAAGCUUUUUUCCGGACAUUAUCGCCCAGGCAUUUUGUUAAUGGAGAUUGGAAUACUGGGGGAAGCUGCGAUAACACAGUUCCCUUGGCUGGGGGCAGUGAGGUAGUGCAGGAUGGUUCAAGCGAUAUAGUUACUGCAGGUGCCGUAAAUGGAACUAGGGUUAAGAUUUUGGAUAUUACUGCUUUGUCGCAGUUGAGAGAUGAGGCACAUAUAUCAAAAUACAGUGCAAAAUCGUUGAAGGGUGUGCAUGAUUGCUUGCACUGGUGCCUUCCUGGUGUUCCUGAUGCAUGGAAUGAAAUCCUGUUCGCACAGCUUUAGACUAGUUUCGGGACAAAUGAAAUGAAUGGAACAGCGAUCUAUUGGAGAAUGUAGAAGGAACACAUGAAGGAGGUCCUGCAAAGCAGUUGAUCUUUCUUUUGGAAGAUCUUUCAUCUAGCCUUAAGAGGCUUAGUUGUAUUGAGCCUCUUAUCUUUUCUCAGUUUUCUUUGAUUCUUUGGACUAGCCUUUCAGAGGUAAUUACAUUAGGUAAAACAGUGGCAAUACCUUCUUUAUGUCAGUUUUAUGUUAUUUAUCUUGUUUCUAAGUUGAGGUCUAUGAACUGAAGGUGCAUUUGCUACUGGAGAUGGGAACAUGAUUGGGAUGGCCCCUUGACGUUGUUUUGCUGACAGAACAGUGACGACCUGUAAAUCUACUAUAUUAUGAUAAAAUGUAUUGAACUUUUCACAAUACAUAAGAAACUGAUCUAAGUAUAUAGACCUUCUGAAGUUUCGUAUUAUUUCUUUCUUCCGUUUUAUUUUGGGAUGAAGUCAUAUGGAGUGAAGAUGAGUUUGCUCCUACAUUGGCUUAGAAAACUGUAUCUGUCUUUCUAAUGUAUUGUAAGGUUAGUUUAUACUUU